AUGUUUUCACUUCAAGGCGACUCAAGUGCCAGUGACAAAAAUUUCUAUGGUUCUGGUUCACAGAAUCCACGACUCGGAUGGGGCGAGCUUUAUACUCCGUCCCCCCAAUCUCCGGAUUCGGCUCCAGCGCCAUUGCAACGUAAUUAUCAAUUUCAUCAAGGCGCAUAUAUGUAUAAUAAUCAGCAAAUGACAGCCUUACAUGAUCGCUGCAAGGCACUGGAGACUCAGGUCAUCAAGCUGACUACUGAGCGUGAUACAUUACAGGCAAAAUUUCAACAGCUUGCCGACCCACUCCAACAGUCUGGAAACCCCCUUGCACUUGAUCCCACAUUCCCCGCCCAGCUAGGUAGCAAUGACGCUAAUCGCCCCACGCCUCAAACACAUCCAAAAAAUCGCUUUUGGACCCAGAUCGACUAUGUCGAAUGGCUCGAUACUUCCAUGGGCCGACUCUCUGACCGCGGAAAGCUAGGCUACCUCGAGAAUGGUGGUCCGAUUGCUACAACUAUGGUCAAGGAUAUUCGUAAAGCCCUCCGUGCUGGUUGUACAUCAUACUCUGCUUGGCGUAGAACCUAUCUUUCUGAUGACGGAAACUGGAUGACAUUGAAGACAAACGGAACGACCGAGGAAUUUUGUGCUCACUAUGGAGAUCUCACGCCGACUCAGCGAAAGGCAUAUGAUGACGAGUCAGCGUCACUGUCCUGGAACAAGACCGCUUACGAUGGAACGAUGUACUAG